AUGGAGGCAGCGGCAGCAGGUCUCCAGGAGGCGGCUCCCCUCACCCUGAAGUUUGAGUUUAACCCAAAGCUGGGCAUUGAUAAUCCUGUCCUGUCCCUGGCGGAAGACCAUGGCCCCUCUGACGCCUGGCUCUGCCCGGAGCGGCCCCGCUUCUGUCUGCUGAGCAAGGAGGAGGGCGGGAGCUUCGGCUUCCAGCUCCGGCGGGAGGCGGGCGGGGCCGGCCCCGCGGUGUGCGGGGUGGAGCCCGGCGCCCCGGCCCAGCGGCAGGGUCUGCGGGAAGGAGACCGGAUCCUGGCGGUGAACGACCAGGCGGUGGCGCACGAGGCCUUGGAGGUGGUGGCGCGCCGCAUCCGGGCCAGCGGCCCGCGGGUGCUGCUGGCGGUGGCGGCGGCGCCGGCGCGCGACCCGGCCCUGCUCUGCGCCCCCCUCGGCCCCGGGGUCCGGCCCCGGCUGUGCCACGUCGUGAGAGACGAGGGUGGCUUUGGCUUCAGUGUCACCCACGAACAUCCAGGUUCUUUCUGGCUGGUGCUGAGCCCCGGAGGGGCCGCUGAGCGGGCAGGCGUGCCCCCGGGGGCCCGGCUGCUGGAGGUGAACGGGCUCGGCGUGGAGCAGCUCACGCACAGCCAGCUCCGCAGGAGGCUGCGGGGGAGCGGCGCGCAGGUGACGCUGCUGGUGGCGGCGCCGGAGGUGGAGGAGCAGUGCCGCCGGCUGGGGAUGCCCCUGGCCGCGCCGCUGGCCCAGGGCUGCGCCCUGCCCGCCGGGCCCCGCCGGCUGCACCUGCGGAAAGGGCCCCGGGGCUUCGGCUUCUUGCUCCGGGAGGAGAAGGGCCUCGGCGGUCGCCUCGUUCCUGCGGGAGGUGGACCCGGGGCUGCCGGCCGACCAGGCUGGGAUGCGGGCCGGGGACCGGCUGCUGGCCGUGGCCGGGGAGAGCGUGGAGGGGCUGGGCCAUGCCGAGACGGUGUCCAGGAUCCGAGCCCAGGGCUCCCGCGUGGCUCUCACCGUCGUGGACCCUGA